UCUCCUCCCAGUCUUCCCCUUCCCGACCUUCGCCUUCGUUCCCCCUUUCGACUUCGAUUGCGAACCCUAAUAAGCCUCGAUCCCAAGAACCCUAAGUGCCCUCUGCCUGCUCGGUCUCCUCCGGCGAUUCCUCGGAUUCCACCCCCGGAUAGCGAAGUCCUAUUAUCCAUCUUGCCCACUGUUGGCGCUUCCUCCCCUUCCUUCCCGCGUCGAGCCCUAACCGUGUCUCUAGCUAUAGCCGUAGCCUUAAUCCCCCCCUUCGUUCGUCCUCCGGGAAGCUCAUUCUUCCCCGAUUACCCUUCCCCGAUCAUUUUCAGGUUUUUCUCCUUCGUGAGCUGUACUUGACGUCGGGGAACGGCGCUUCUCUUCUCCCUCCGCCUACGAGGACGACUUACGCCUGUACUCUUGCAGGGGCCCUCUCAUUUCUAUUGAAUUGUUGCUCUUUUGGUGUGCUGAACGACUUGGUGCUCUUCAUUUUGCCUGCAAAGAACUUGUGCAAAUGUCUGAACUAGUUAUGGAUCUAUUCCUUUACUGAUGUGUCAAGAAACUUGACAUUCAGGUAUGCAUGGGCUUAGCCCAGGGUUGUCUCUUCCGGUAAAUGCAGAGAUCAAGCCCAUGGGUGGUGUUGUAGAUUGUGGACUUGGUGUAGAUUCCAAAACUUCACCACGUCGUGCAGCAAUUGAGAAGGCACAGGCUGAUCUGCAGCAAGAAUUUGGCAUACGUGAAGAGCGGAAAAAGGAGUUGGAAUUCCUUGAGAAAGGGGGGAAUCCAUUGGAUUUUAAAUUUAUUCAUGCAGCUUCAAUCAGUGUACAAUCUACUUCUCUUACAGAUCAAGUUGCUGAGCCAUAUGUUACCAGUGAAGCUAAAGGUAGCUUUACCUUGGCUGCUUCACCACAUGGAGAGUCAGUUGAAAGCAGUGGGAGACCUGGUGGUUCUGUCGGUCGUGAGCCUAACAUCGGAGACAAUUUAUUACUCUUGAAUAGAGAAAACAACAAAUUGCAUGGAGAGAAAAAUGCUAAACAUAGAAGUAAAAGAGGUAGUAUUUCUCAUUUAGAACAAUCUUCUCAUGUUGAUGGUUGUCAUAAUGCAAAAGAUACGGAGGACUCUGUUAUUUUUCGUCUUGGAGCUAAAAGCCAGGCAUAUGCGCGGCGUAAUAGAUCAAGAACAGGUCGUGAUUGUACCAAUUUAGGUUUGACUGAUUCCGGUUCUCGACAUGGCAAUAGAGCUUCCAUUACGUCUUCCUACACACCUAGUCCUAGGGGUACAAAAGGGUCUUUAUUAGAGUUACAAGCACAAAACCAUGCUGCUUCUUCCAUUUCAAACCCAAAGGCAGCAAAUCCAGAUGGUGCUGUUGUACCUGAGGCUUUAGCUCCUGAUGAUCAAGUGGAUAUGCAGCUAGACAUGAUGCAACACAAUGACACAUGUCCUGACACAGUAAUGGAUGGAUCGCCCCAAGGGGUAGAAGAAGUUAAAAUUACUGAAAAUCUGCAGGGAAGUGACUCCUAUAAUCAACAUUCAUCUCUUGCUGAGAAAGCUACCAAUGGUACCUCCUCUCAGUUGUGUGAUAUUAUCAGGAAGGAUGAUUUUCUUUCGGUUGAUUUAAUUUCUGCCCCCCUUGAGGCUAACAAAAGUAAGGAAGUCACAUGUGGUGCUGAAAAUGACAAUGGAUGUGGUGUAACAGAUAAAUCAAUAACCAGUUUGGAUGAGGAUGAUCUGUGUCAUAAAAUUUCUGUUGCAGACAAUAUCAAUCAAAACUUGGAUGUGGAUAUCACAGAAAAUUUUUUUUGUGCAAAUGGCACUUGUGACAUUCAUGAAAAUACAGAUGGCGGUCAGUCUUUGAUGCCGAGGACAACUGAUGGUAGUUCAGGAGGAGACUUAAAACAGACAUCUGAAGCGACCACAUCUGUGCCAGAUAACAGGUCUUUAAAAGAAGAGCUAACUAAUGCCGAUGGCCCCACUAAUCCUAAUGAUGCAUCUAGGUUUCAAUUAAACUUCAGCAACUCAGUUGUUCAGUUGAAAGAUGAUGGAUGUGACAGCAGAACUGAGGCUCAAAUUGAAGUUUUGCCUGUUACCAACUCUGAACCUGUGAAACUGAAUGGUGAAAUCAGUUGUGAGCCAGAAAAGAAAAUCGAUAAUAAUUUAGCUGAUUCAAAUUGCAUCAAAACAAGCUUAUUGUUGUCCUCAACUUCUGGCUCUCAAGAAGCUGUCCUGAUAAAAAGGAGUUCUACAUCUACCUCUGAGAUUCAGACUUCCACUGCAAGUCACAAAAAGGCACAUGAAGAUGCUAUAUUGAAAGAGGCCAGAUUAAUAGAGGCACGGUUCAAAAGUGCUGGGGAGCUGUCUUCUGAUAGUAAAUAUUUCGAGAAGCAACAAAAAUGUCACUGGGAUUUUGUGCUUGAGGAAAUGACAUGGAUGGCAAAUGAUUUCAUGCAGGAGAGAUUGUGGAAGACUGCAGCUGCUUCACAAGUUUCUCGAUUGAUUGCUUCUUGUGGUCGAGGAAAAUUUGACCAGCUAAACAUAUUGCGCGUGCAAAGAAACGUGGCUAGAAGUCUAGCCAAGGCAGUUAUGCACUUCUGGCAUGCAGCUGAGGCUCUCCGUAUGGGUGACACUACACCUAAUGCAAUCCAUCAUGAAUGCAAAUUAUAUAGGCUCAGUUCAUCAAAUUUCAUGGUGGCUGAAAUGGAGAGAGACCAGGUUGGAGAUUUGGACCGUCAUACUGUCUUGGACUAUGCAGUUAGGAUGCUGAAAUAUAAUGGCAGCAUAUCAAGUCAUUCUGCCUUGGCUGAAGCACCAACUACUCCUGAUAGACAAAAUGAUGUGGGCAUUUUGGAAAUAACUUGGGAAGAUCAACUUUCUGAAGAAAGUCUUUUCUAUACAGUACCUUCUGGUGCGAUGCAGGCAUACAGAAAAUCUAUGGAGUCCCAGUGGAUGCAUUACAAGAAAUAUGGUACUGUGCAUCAAGAUGAUUGUGAGACCUCUAUGUGCAAUUCUGUGGCAGGUGGACCUCAGGAAAAUGUAUAUGAAGAGGAUGAAGGUGAAACAGGCACCUAUCUUCUGCCUGGAAUGUUUGAAGCAGGCUCAUCAUCAAAACUUUCCCAGAAGAAGAGAAAACACAUGCAACAAAAAUCCAUUGCCACAAGGCUUAAUGAAGGUGGUGGUGACUUUUCUUAUGAACCUUACUUGGAAAGCAAAUCAGGAAAUCAACCUUUUAUAUUAAAUGGGAAAAGAACUUCAAGUACCUUUAGUGUUGGUUCAUUUCCAACAAAACGUGUAAGAACAGCUACAAGGCAGCGGGGUGUCAGUCCUUAUCCUUCUGGAGUUGUUGGGCCUCUACGAGCAAUUAGUAAAACAGAUGCUUCAAGUGAAGACACAAGUUCUUUCCUAGAUGACCAGAGUUCAUUGCAUGGUGGAUCUAUGUCCAGGAAAAAUUUGGGUGUUGAGACUACAGUAGACUUUGAGAGGCAAUUGCCAUAUGAUGGUAAUGAAAUAUCCUCAAAAUCUAAAAAGAAGAAGAAGAAGCCUAAGCAUUUAGGAUAUAAGAAUUCACUAAACUUGGCUGAACCUGGUCUUUUAGUUGUUCCUGGAAAGCAGGGUUCAAUCCAGGGGUCAUCGUAUGAGCAAAGGUUGCAAGCUGAACCCAUGAUUCAGCAUGAGCAGAAGGAACAUGUUAAAAAGAGAAUGGAGUCUCAAAAUUUUGAUACAAAUGGAGGUGGUGUUUACGCACAACAUGCUGCUAAGAAGACCAAAAUUUUGAAGCAAAUGCCAGAGGCUUCCCCUGAUGCACUUACUCCAGUGACUGGGUUGUUGCCUUCACCAGUUGCUUCCCAGAUGAGUAAUAUGUCCAAUUCGAAUAAACUUAUCAAAAUCAUUGCCACUCGGGAUCGUGCACGAAAAAAGGGAUUGAAGAUGACUGCUGGGCAAUCUGGAUCGGGAGGUCCAUGGACAAAUUUUGAGGAUCAGGCACUUGUUGUCCUUGUUCAUGAUAUGGGUCCAAACUGGGAGCUAGUUAGUGAUGCAAUCAACAAUACCCUCCAGUUCAAGUGUAUCUUCCGCAAACCCAAAGAAUGCAAAGAGCGACACAAAUUUUUGAUGGACAAAAGUGCUGGUGAUGGGGCUGACAGUGCAGAAGACUCUGGUUCAUCUCAGCCAUAUCCAUCCAGUCUACCUGGAAUUCCAAAGGGAAGUGCACGACAGUUGUUUCAGCGUCUUCAGGGACCAAUGGAAGAGGAUAUUCUGAAGACACAUUUUGAGAAAAUCAUUUUGCUUGGACAAAAUCUGUCUGCCUGUAGGCAUCAGACUGAUAUUCAGGAAGGGAAACAAAUGACUCCAAUUCAUAGUUCCCAUGUAGUUGCUCUUUCACUUGUAUGCCCAAACAACUUGAGUGGAGGUAUUCUAACACCACUUGAUUUUUGUGAAUCGGUUUCUUCAAGCACAGAUGUUUUUCCUAUGGCAUAUCAGGGUACUCAUACUGGUAGCUUACCAGUCCCAAGUCAUCAAGGUUCUAUGACUUCUAUCCUUUCUACGUCAAGUGUUAGCACCAUGUUACAAGGAUCUCCUGGUAUGGUCCUCAGUAGCAGCUUACCUUCAACCUCUGCUCCAUUGAAUCCCUCUUCUAGGGAUUCCCAGAGGUACGGUGUGCCAAGACCAUCUAGCUUACCUGUUGAUGAUCCACAAAGAAUGCAGCAGUAUAGCCAAAUGCUUUCUGGAAGAACCCUUCAGCAAUCUAGUAUGUCAUUACCUGGAGCUUUGCCAAUGGGGGUUGAUCGUGGUGUUCGAAUGUUGCCUGUAGCUAGUAGUAUGGGGAUGAUGUCUGGGGUGAACAGAGGAAUGCCCAUGACAAGGCCAGCAUUUCAAGGAUUAAGUUCCCCAGGCAUGUUGAACAUAGUUUCCACUGGAAAUAUUCUUUCGAGUGGUGGAAAUGGGGUGCCAAAUUCUGUGAAUGUGCAUCCAGGUUCUGUAUCUAGCCCAGGAAACUCAAUGAUGCGGCCACGGGAUCCUCUGCAGAUGCUUCGGCCUGGUCAAAAUCCAGAGGAACAUAAGCAAAUGAUGAUGCAAGAAAUACAGAUGCAAGCCUCACAAGCGAAUGGGCAGUCUGUUCCACCUUUCAAUGGUCUGGGCGCCUCCUUUUCCAAUGCAGUGAUUCCUGCACCAAUUCAGACAUUUCCAGUUCAACAACACCAACAAUCUCAUCAGAUGCUGCAACAAGCACACAUGCUUGGAAACCCUCACCAUCAUCACAUACAAGGCACAAACCACUCGAGCCCUCAGCAGCAGGCAUAUGCCAUCCGGGUUGCUAAAGAGAGGCAACUCCAACAACGGUUGAUGCCUCAUCAACAACACCAUAUCUCUGUACAAAAUGCAGUGUCACCUAUUCAAAAUAAUUCACAGAUCCAACCGCAAUCACAGCCAUGUUCUCCUGUGACUCCAGUAUCUUCUUCACAAGGUCAACAGAAGCAGCAAAGUAUAUCAAGGAACCCACCACCUGGAAUGUCAAAUCAGAUUAUGAAGCAAAGACAACGGCAACAGGUUCAACAUCAUCAGCCAAGACAGCAGCAGCAGCAGCAACAACAACAACAACAGCAGCAAAGGCAACAGUCUCAACAGCAAGUCAAACUUAUGAAAGGAUUAGGCAGGGGGAACGUGUUAAUUCAUCAUAACUUAUCAGCAGACACCCCUCAAAUUAGUGGCUUUUCAACAACUUCUAAGAACCAAGUUUCUGAUAAACAUAUGAUGCAGCAGGGCCAAGGAUUUUUUCCUGGUAAUCCAGGUCUGAACCCAGCAUUGCAUCAACCUGGAAGUCAAACAAAUAUCUACCCUCAUCCACUUCCACAGUCAACAAAGCAAAUAUCACCAAUUUCUGAUACCUGCAAUCAAGGCUCUGCUCAAAGUUCACCCAGCCAUAACAUGUUAACUUCUCAGCAAGCUCCAAUUCCUUCUUCAGUCUCUUUGCCUAAACAACAUCAACAACCGCAGCAGCGUUAUAUGAAUCAAUCUCAACAAAGCACUCAAAGAAUAAUGCUUCAGCAAAAUCGGCAGAUGAACUCUGAUGGUAGGGCGCAAUCAUCAACUGAUCAGGGCCCAGUUAAUAAGACAGUUCCGAGUGCAUCAAUUACUCAGGGUAGUGAUUCAGGCACUAGUGCACCUGCGGUUUCAUCUCCAACCCUGUGGAAUCCAGAGCCAAUAUAUGAUACAGAUGCACCGCCUCCAACGGCUCAAAUGGUUAGGUCAGCACAGGAAAAUGUAGUGGGGAGUGAAGCUUUAGUGCCUUCUUCCAGCCAGAGCUUAGUACCACAUCAAUUGCCAGGAGGUGUGCCACUGCAUGGUCAAGAUGUUGGGGGGCAGUGGCAGCAACAGCAGCAGCAACAACAGCAACCUCAGCAUCAGCAGGAGCAGCAACAUUCUCAGCAUGAGAAUCAACAGACGGUUCAAAGCAAUUUGUAUGCACAACCUUCAGAGUUGGGACCAGGGUGAUUUGGGAAUACUAAGACCAGCCAAUUCUGAAACAGGUCCCCAACUGCUGUAGCACUAUUGUACAGGUGCAUGGGAAGCUGGAUGAACAGUUGAAACAGGAUAUCUAGAUUAUGGAUAAUCAGUCCGAGCCUCAUACCACUAGAAGCCUACAGAUCCUAUAGAACUUGUUUGAGGAUAUUUUCAGGUGACUGAUGGUUUAGACAGCUCAAUGUGUUAUCAUGACUCUGGUCUCUUCUCCCCACUUCUUAGGCAGAGGGCAGUGGAAUAAAAUGCAAAAGCUAGCUAACUUAAGGAAGGGUUUGUCAAACUCAGCAUAUUUGCAGGUAGUGAAAGAUGAUGAACACUGCCGGUGCACUUUUAUUCUCAUUUCGAACUCAUUUCAGUGACCUGAAGGACAGGUACAAUUUGCUUCCUCACCGUCUCUAGUGUAGGCUUCACCGCACCAGCUUAAUCAAAAUCCUAUAGCAUGCAAGAGAGGAUUUGCAUUCCAAAUUCAUUUUGCAGUUAUAGCCGUAGUUGGGCGUAUGUAUUAAGUUUUUGCCCAUCACAUUCUUGUUGUUGCAAUGCAGAGAAAACAUUGUGCAAUCAGCAAACCUGCUUCCUCGGUUUGCCGAUGGAAAUCUGUACAUAAGUGCUGUCCUUUUCUCACUGUUGUUUGUUGUAAUACAAGCUAGUUAUUGGAAAGCUCGCAAGCUUCUUGCUUGUUUCAUUC